AAUAUCUUAUCAUAAGUUGUCAUGUACUUUUCUGGGGUUAUUUUUCAAGAAUUGUAAACAAACUGAGAAAGUUUAUUUUGUAUGGUAAUUUAAAUUAUACUACUUUAAAAAAUAUGAAGAAAACUAUUCGAUAUUUAUCGCAAUUCCCUCCAAAGAGAAGGGUUGCUGUAACAGGACUUGGUAUUGUUAGUCCACUGGGGACAGGUACAGAAUUGGUUUGGCAAAACCUUUUAAAAGGUGGUUGUGGCAUCGUCCCGCUACAAGGUGAACAAUAUUCUAAAUUACCAUGCAAAAUUGCGGGAGUAGUUCCUACUGAGAAUGACACAAAGAUAAAAGAAGCACUUUCGAAAUCAAAUUUGAAAUCAAUGGCUCCAGCGACGUGUUUAGCUCUUGUGGCUACUGCAGAGGCUUUAGCCGAUGCUAAGUGGACCCCGAACACUGAAGAAGAAAAAGAGAUGACUGGUGUUGCUCUUGGCAUGGGAAUGAUUGAUUUAAAAGAUGUAUGCGAUACCAAUGAUGCAUUAAAACUAGGCUAUAACAAGGUGAGCCCAUUUUUUGUCCCAAGGAUACUGCCAAAUAUGGCUGCGGGUCAUAUAAGCAUCAAGUAUGGCUUUAGAGGACCUAAUCAUUCAGUGUCUACUGCAUGUGCAACAGGGGCACACUCAAUAGGGGAUGCAUUUAGAUUUAUAAGAAAUGGUGAUGCAGAUGUGAUGGUGUGUGGAGGUGCCGAGUCGUGCAUAAGCCCUCUAGCAAUAGCAGGAUUUUGUAGACUUAGAGCUUUGAGUACUUCUUUCAAUGAUACACCUACACAAGCCUCAAGACCUUUUGAUAAAAGACGAGAUGGAUUUGUAAUGGGUGAAGGAGCAGCCGUGUUAGUUUUAGAAGAAUAUGAACAUGCACUGAAAAGAAAUGCUAAAAUGUAUGCUGAAAUAUUAGGCUAUGGGUUAUCAGGUGAUGCAUCUCACAUCACUACUCCAAGAGAGGAUGGCACUGGAGCUAUUUUGUCUAUGAGCAGAGCAUUAAAAGAUAGCAACCUAGAAAGGAAUCAAAUCUCAUACAUCAAUGCCCAUGCCACAUCCACACCUAUUGGAGAUGGUAUAGAGUCAACCGCUAUAAAAAAACUGUUCCAGGAGCAUACUUCUAAUAUCUCAAUAUCUUCCACGAAAGGUGCUCAUGGGCAUCUGUUAGGUGCUGCAGGCAAUUUGGAAACUAUAUUCACUAUUUUGGCCUGUCAUCAUGGAAUCUUGCCCCCAACACUUAAUUUGGAAGAACCAGUAGAUAACCUCAAUUACGUAGCUAACACACCACAAACCUGGGAAUCUGAUAGAAGAAUUGCAUUGAAAAACUCUUUUGGUUUUGGGGGUACAAAUGCUACUCUUUGUAUUGCUGGAAUGUGAAUUUAUCUGUGAUGUAUUUUAUUUUUCUAUCUGUUGCAACAAUAUUGUUUUAUUUUAGGUCUUUGAGAAAUUGAUGUGGAAUAAAACACAUUAUCACUGUAUUAUAGUAUAUUUAAAACUGA